UUUGUGAAAAAUAGCUAAAUUGUUUUCCCCUAUUUCAUGAAAAAUUCAUUGAAUUUUCAAAGAUUUAAACAUCAAGAAAAGCGUGAAAACGUCAAUAAAUAUUCACAAUUAAAUAAGAUUAACGAAAACGGAAAGAGUACGCAAAAAUACGAUAAAAAAGUACAAGGCGUAUGUUAUUGAACGGAGCACAUAAAUGUAUAAAUAAAGAAAAAAUACAAUUUUCCGAAGUUUUUUUUUUUUUUUUGUUCAAAAAGUAUUGUUUCAAUGAACAACAAAGAUAAUAAUGGAUUGAAAAUUGGAAAAGAAAACAAAUAAAUGAAUGAAUAGAUUGAUUGAAAAAAUGUAAAAUGCAGUUCAAUGAGUUCAACGUUGAUAAUGAAGAGAAGUUAAGGCGAGUGAAGGCAAUUUAAGCUGAAGGAGACAUUUAAGACUUUAUUUUUUAAUAAUGCAAUAUAUAAUUUGUGGCUUUGAUGUGUUAGAGAAACGCUCCAGCGAGCGUAAAACUUAUCAACAACACUACGCUUGCAACUAUAACUGGAAUAUUGUUUUAAUAGAUAAACAAAAAUCUAGCAUAAUAGAACAUAACAAAAUAACCAGCCGAGAGAUUUGAUUAAGAAUUCAACGAAAAUUUUGUAAAUAUAUUAGGAAGAAGUAUUUCAUAAAGAGUAACAGAAACAACAAGGGAAACGUUUUGCCAAUUGUAGUUGUAGACCACAACGCAACACUUGUGAUAAAACAGUUGCAAUAUUUUUAUUUAGAAGCAAAAUAAAACAAACGAGUAGAAAAAUUUUAAUUACCCAACGACAACAGACGUAGCAAUAAUCACGAUUUUACGGCAACUAAUCGAACGUAAAACCUUACAACUCUUCGCCGUAACAUCCCUUACCUGUUCAUUAACAACUAUCACCACCACCUCCAUCACAAAUACCGCAAAUUCAUCAUUAACCGCCAAACUGUUGUCACUACUAACGCAAACAUUUUACUAUUCACCAUCAAAAGCAUCAUUCAAGCAAAGGCAAUUUGUAAUGUUGUCUGACCUCGAUGAUUCCGAUGAGUUGGACACCAUUGCAGAUGUUAUGGGUCUUCGUGCCCAGAAGCCUCUCAACACAUUUCGUGAAAUGUGGUAUCACAUAUUCUUAUGGGCAUUAUUCUCUUCAAUAUUCAUACACACUUGUGCCGCUUUGGUAGCCUUUGUAACGCUACGCAAACAUAAAUUCGGUCGCUUCUUCUCCAUAUUGAUAUUAGUAAUGGGCUUUCUAUCGCCCGCUGUUAGCGGCAUUAUCAGUAGUGCCGUUAUAGCAUUUGUGCAUCGUGCCUCUAGCUUACCCAUGUCUCCUAUUAUUGCCAUGAUCUGGGGUAUGGGUCAAACAAUCGUUUCGGCCUGCCUAGGUUUUACACGAAUACUGGCUACGCUGUAAAACAUUGUUUUACGUUCAUUUUAUUGUUUUUCUUCGUUUUGUUUGUUAUCGUUCCUCCUUCGUAUUCCUUCCUUUGUUGUAUAAUAGUUAUGAUAAGUCUACAAAGGCAAAUUCUUUCUCUAAAUGAACGGAGAAUCAUUUUCAUCACAUAUAUAUGUAUAUUUUAGAAUACCGCUUUUUAUUAUUAUUAUUAUUAUUAUUAAGUAUAAGCUUUAACUAAAAUUAUACAUUCACACAUGAGUACAUACACGUAUAUAAACAUAUAAGUUCGUUGCUGCACGAAAAGUAAAAGUAAAACAAAUGGGAAAACAUUUAUACAUAAAUA